ACAUGCUACGAGAUGGAUCGUUAUUUGAAAGAUGAGCCGAAACCGAAAACCUUCAAAACAGAACCCAACGACAUGGUACCGUGGGAAUUGUUCACAGCCCCCGGUCCCAUCUCAGGUUCAUGGAGUGUAAAAGUUGACCCGCUUUGCUUCGAUGAACUUUUAAAUGACAGAAAUUUGGAUACAUUGUCCAUGAGUUCAUCGUCAUCGACAUGUUCGGGGAAGUCAUGGGAUAGUUCACUGAGUUGUUCAGUCGUCGUGAAAAAAGAUCGAAUCGAUGAUGAAUAUGAGGAUUCCGAUAGUAAUGACGAGAAAUUAGUGCAUUGCAUUAAUAAUAACACUAGCAGUAAAAACUUUAACAAUGCAAAAAACAUUCAAAUCAUCAAAGGCUCAAAUAAGCUGACAAAUUCCACCAUCGAACUUUUAAUAGCUCGAACGCCAUCUUCAUCGCCAUUAGCAACUAAUUCACUUUCAGCGAGCACACUAUCGUCGAUGCUGAUGCCAGCAGGUGCAAACCAUGACAUUCUCCCGACACUUACACCACCGUCUUCACCUGAAUCUAGUAGUAAAUGUAGUAAUAGCAAAAAUUUAACAAUAACGGAACCUGAACUAGCAUUAAUCGAUAAUCAGGGUAUUUAUCGUGUGUCAAAUGGCACGACAUUGACACGUAAUACAAUCGUACGGCUGUCAAAUAACAAAACCUCUUUUGGUGUAACAAAAAUCCUUCAGAUGAGUCCAAACUUUCAAGCACAGAUAACUGCGAAAGGAUCCAACAACACACAGGGAAACUCAAAUCAAACAGCUCAAAUAACACCUUCAAAUACGACAUCAGCAACGAGCAAACAAUCACAACGACAACAAGAUCACAGUCCCGAUUCAAGACGAAGAAUACACAAGUGUCAAUUUCUUGGGUGCAAAAAAGUUUACACGAAAAGUUCACAUCUAAAAGCUCAUCAAAGAACGCAUACAGGUGAAAAGCCUUACAAAUGUUCAUGGGAAGGAUGUGAAUGGCGUUUCGCACGAAGUGAUGAGUUAACGCGACACUACAGAAAGCACACAGGAGCCAAACCAUUCAAGUGUCGUCAUUGCGAUCGUUGCUUUUCACGAAGCGAUCAUCUGGCGUUGCACAUGAAACGUCACAUCUAAAUCACAUCAAUCAUCAUGCUACGUCUUAGAUAAGCUACUUCCGAACCGAGUCACAAUCAUUAAGCUAUGGAAUUAAAAUCAUUUAAAUUUUCAUAGAUAUUCAUGUAUAAGUAUGACAAUGAAAUAAUGCUGAGUUUCUCCAAUUAUUUUUAUGUUAAUGUUUUAAGAAACUGAAUCAAUACAAUUAAUUAUCUU